CGCUUUAUCACUAUAAUUGUUGACCGCAUUCCCUCUGCACUUUCUCGUAAGCGAACGCAGAUUCCUAUUACAUACUUGUUAAAUGGCCCCAUCCAGUAGUGACAUUCCUCCGCUGACUUCGUCAGGUGUUGGGCGCAAUUUGCCAACCAGCAGCGGGCUUAUGCCUCCGCCGACAUCGAGUAUUCCGCAGCUGAACAGCGAGGGCUCGGUGCGGCGGCGGCUGGCAGAUACAACCGACUACACGCAGAGCCAAACUGGCAUCAGCUCCGACCUGGGCAACCUGAACGAGCCGCGCACCCAGGCACCACGCACGACCAACGAGGAGGUGCAGGAAGAGCGGGCGCGGCGGCUGCGCGAUACGCUUGGCAUUGCUCCACGCGAGGGACGUACCAAGAUUCGCGAUGAAGCUGCCGAGGCAUUCCGUGUCAUCUUCGAGACAUUCCUGGAGGCCUACAGCGAGGAGGGCGGCGAGAAGGAUCUGAGAUACGGUGGCAAAUUGUAUGCACGGCAGGCAGCCAAGAUGCGGAUUGACGAGUGCUCGACGUUGUUUGUCAACUUUGCCCAUUUAAUGCGCUACGAUGAGCGUGCGGCACAGGCCCUGCUCGAAAACUUUUUGCGGCUGGAACCGUAUCUGGGCCUGGCGGCGACGCGGCUCUACACCAAGAUGCAUCCGGAUUCUGAAGACCCUGUUAGCAUUUCAGUGUCGGUGUUUGGUCUCCCUGGUGUUAGCCGUGUGCGCGAGCUGCGUGCUGAUAAGAUCGGCUCACUGGCGUGUAUCAGUGGCACGGUGACCCGUACCUCGGAGGUGCGGCCCGAGCUGAUCAGCGGCAUGUUCAGGUGCGUGGAGUGCAGCACCAUCUGCGGCCCUGUGGUGCAGCAAUUCAAGUAUACUGAGCCGAGCGUAUGUGACAACCCGACAUGCAUGAACCGUAUUGCAUGGACACUGAUUGUCGACCAGAGCAAGUUUGCCGACUGGCAGCGCGUGCGUGUGCAGGAGAACUCGAGUGAGAUCCCGCCUGGAAGUAUGCCGCGCACUCUGGAUGUAAUUGUGCGCGGAGAUCUGGUUGAGCGCAUCAAGCCUGGAGACCGAGCUCAAUUCACUGGGUCGUUGAUUGCGCUCCCGGACAUCUCGGUUAUUGGAGGGCCGGGCCAGGUUGCCGUUGCGCAGAGAGAUAUAUCCAGGACCCGUGCUCCUGAGGGCGGGCCUCUUACGUACAGACUGGCUUUCCUGGCGUGCUUCACCCAGGCGGUCAAUGACGCCACGACUUCCGGAGCCUCACAGCAGACCAGCAAUGGGGCGGUCCCGGGCAUUUUGUCAGCCAACGGCACGUACCUUGGCCAUGCCGGUGCUCUGUCCGGCGAUGAGACCCUGGGCGAGGCUGAGGACCGCGAGGCGUUCUUGAACUCGCUGAGUACCCAGGAGCAGGAGGAGCUUAGAGAGAUGAGCAGAGACUCACAGGUCUAUACGAACCUGGUUAAGAGUGUGGCGCCGACAGUAUUCGGCCAUGAGGAGGUCAAGCGGGGCAUUCUGCUGCAGCUUCUCGGCGGUGUGCACAAGCGCACAGCUGAAGGUAUGAGGCUGCGUGGUGACAUCAAUGUAUGUAUCGUCGGAGACCCGUCGACAUCCAAGUCACAGUUCCUCAAGUAUGUUGCUGGGUUCUUGCCGCGUGCCGUGUUCACUUCUGGCAAAGCCUCCUCUGCGGCCGGUCUGACAGCCAGUGUCUUUGACAAGAUGGAUAUUGCAGACCAGGUCGCCAUCCACGAGGCCAUGGAGCAGCAGACCAUCUCGAUUGCCAAGGCUGGCAUCCACGCCACCCUCAAUGCCCGCACGUCGAUUUUGGCUGCAGCCAACCCUGUUGGUGGCAGGUACGACCGGCGGCUGACGCUGCGCCAGAAUGUGGCCAUGAGUGCGCCUAUCAUGUCGCGCUUCGAUCUGUUCUUCGUCGUGCUCGAUGAUGCCAACGAGACCACAGACUUCAACACUGCCCGUCAUAUCGUCCAGAUCCACCAGCUGCGCGACCAGGCACCCGUGCUAACCGAGGAUGCUGGUCGCCUGCUGUGGGAGUCAUACCGCAACCUGCGCCAGGAGGAUGUUGGCGGCGGUUCGGGCGGCAAGAGCUCGUCGGGCAAGAACGCCUACCGCAUCACAGUGCGCCAGCUCGAGUCGCUGAUCCGGCUCAGCGAGGCUCUGGCGCGCGCGCACUGCUCCGAGGAGAUUACUUCGCGGCACGUGAGCGAGGCCGUGCGUCUGCUGCGGCGGUCGAUUGUGCACGUCGAAAUGGACGAUAUCGAUGUGUUUGAAGGCGAGGAUGACGAGUCCAAGACGCAGGAUGUGACUGUUGAGGCCCCAAUGAACGCCGAUGAGGCGGUGGAAGGCGGCGACUCGCAGCAGCCCCAGCAGCCCUCCAAGAAGAAGGUGACCAUUAAGCGCGAGGACUUUGAUCGCGUGCGCUCGAUGCUCGUCCUCAAGCUGCACGAGGCCGAGGAGAGGGGCGAUGAGGGCGUGCGCCGCACUACACUGGUUGACUGGUACCUGGCGCAGCGCGAGGAGGUGAUGGAGAGCGAGGACGACUUCCAUCAGGAGCAGCACCUUGCCCAGUCAGUGCUCAAGUAUCUGGUCAACACUGAGGGCUGCGUGAUCGCGCUGCGUGCCGCUGAGGGCGAGACUGAAGAGGAGAACAGCGAUGGCCCGAUGCUGAUGCUGCACCCGAACUUUGCACUGGACUAGUGCUUCCGUAGGCUCUCUUUCAGCCAUGUCGAAGGUUCUUUUGUUGAACUUGCUUCCACCCCCCAAAAAAACUAGUUGAUUUCACAAAACAGCACUUUAGCAACGACGAUUCGAUGUAGACCAUAUGCGCAUCCAGAAAUCGGACCGCCAAUCGGACCGCUGGAAAUC